UAGGCCUCUCUAUAAAAUAGGUACAUCAUGACGGAAAGUGUGACGUGCAAAAAAUAAAUCGAUGUUCUGUUUAUCAUUUACCGUUCGGUAUCUUGCAUUGAAGCAUUUACUCUGUAAAAACAUAUAGAAAGAAAAUAAUAAACCUAUAAUCCUAUAAUUUAAAAUGCCUGUGGAUAUUGCUGCAUACUCAUAUGCAGCAGCGAUAGCAGUAGGUGGUGUAAUCGGUUAUGUAAAAUCAGCUUCCAUUCCAUCCUUGGGUGCUGGACUUCUGUUUGGAAGCAUUCUGGGUUAUGGAGCUUAUCAAGUUUCAGAAGAUCCUACUAAUAUCGGAGUCUUUUUAGGAGCUAGUACAACUCUUGGUGGAAUGAUGGGUUAUCGUUAUUACAACUCUGGUAAAUUUAUGCCAGGAAUCAUUGCUUUGUUUAGUAUCGCCAUGAUGUACAGAACUGUAAAUAGAUAUUUUGUUAAAACUUCUAUGAAGACAUAAUAAGUAUGAAUAUUUAAAUUUCAUUAUGAUUUGGGAUUAAAAACAUCGAUAAUAUUUGGAUAGACUGCAAAUAAUAGGUAUUGGUGUACAUUGUUGUUUAAUUUUUUACAAAAAUAAAUUGUAUAUGGGAAUAUAAUAUAUUGUAUUAUUAAAACAAAAUAUACAUUGAAUGUUUAAAAUA